AUGACUUUUGUGUGUUUUACAGCUUUGUCAUGGGACUAUGCGGACGAAGCCCUGUACUACAUCAUUUCCAGCAGUCCGCCACAGAUCUGGGAUAUGGACCCGAACGACCCUCAGCACGUGACGAUGGUUCACCAAGCAAAGACGGGAGAGAACCCUCACAACAUGGUCGUCGUUCCCCACCUACACGAAGGGUUCUGGAUCAGCGGUGGCAGUGACCUAGAGUACGCGGAGCUGGGUUCCAGAUUCGACGUCGAGAUAAAAACCGUCAACCUACAAUACCCUCUUAAAAACCCGUCAAAACUCGUACACGACGUGAAAUAUGACUUGCUGUUCGCUGUAGUGGAGGGACUGACGGACGGUGGACACACGGAUCUGUACAGUAUCUACUACAACGGAACCAUGUCAGACUACAUGUUCAGUGACCGACAUAUAGAGGACAUCGUUAUAUAUAAUGAAUAUGCGGUGUUAGUUCACCGACAGGGUAACGCGUACAUACUGAAGACGUCCGACCUGGGACUCACCCUGCCACUUUACAACUCCGUAGAGCAGGGCCAGAUAACCGGGGUGGAGAACAUCACCGCCAUCAAAAUCUUAGACCUCGAAGCACUACAGCCACCAGAGCCACGCCAGUGCGACCAGACGUCGUACGGCGGUUGUGAUCAUAUCUGUGUUCCGGACUACACCAGCGGAACCCCCACCUGCGAGUGUUAUGUCGGGUACCAGAAAGCACAAGAUGGCACGUGUAAAACACAGCCCGUGAGUGACAACUUUAUCUUGGUGACUGACUACACGUACAACCAGAUCUUCCAGGUGUCACUGGGGGCAACCACACAAGCCGUGGCAGUACCGGUUCCCGACCUUGGACGGCCGGACGGCGUGUUGUGGGACCACACCCGGGGUCUCGUCCUCUGGUCCACCGACCGAUCCCGCAGCGUCUACUCCGCUAACCUGGACGGCUCCGAUCAGCGCGUCUUCGCCGAGCUGACGGAGCUGAUCGCCAAGCCAGACCGGAUCGCCAUCGAGCCGACGACAGGGAACGUGUACUUCACGGCGGUGUCGGACUUCUCGUCGGAGCUACAGGACUCCAUGAUCGGUGUGUUCAACGGAAACGGAAGUAACGCCGUCGUCGUGUGGGAAGGUCACCAGCCGCGAGACAUUGUCCUCGACUCUAGUGAGGGGGUAAUGUUCUGGACGGAUUUCGGGAGCUCGGCACCGGGCAUCUACAAGGCAAAUAUGGAUGGCGGCAACCAUAAGGAGAUCAUCCACAACGACAUCGUCUGGCCAAACGGCCUCGCAAUCGACCAUCAAGCCCAGCGUAUUUACUGGACAGAUGGAUUCCUAGACAGGAUCUACUCGACCAACUACGAGGGGGAGGACCGGACGUUGGUCCGCCAGCUGCCGCGACAGUCCCACCUGAUGGAUAUAGAACUGGUAGACGACUACCUGUACUUCACAGACAUAUACAAGAGGCAGGUGCAACGAAUGCGGAAGAGCGGCGAGGGGGCACUCGAGUCCGUGGGACCGAUGGAGAUGGGCAACCUCCAGUCCAUGUACAUCUUCCGAUCCACCGCCACUCUACCAAAGAGCAGCGCAUGUGCAGAGGACAACGGUGGCUGUUCUGACUUUUGCUUCCCGGCUCCUGGUGGCCAGCGGACGUGCGGCUGUAACUGGUACACCUCCCUCCUAGCAGACGGCAAGACUUGCGAAAACGUACCCCGCUGUCCCGUCAAAAUUCCGAAUGGUGUGAUUGUGGAGGACUCUUCCUGUGUACGUGCGCCGGGCCACGCAUGCGCAUUCAACUGCUCCGCCUCCUACACGGCACGGGCGGACGUGGGCUUGAUCACGUGUACCGAAAACGUGGACGAGGACGGAAAGCUAAUGUGGGACGUGCAAGAUCCGUGUGAAGAGAUACAAUGCCCUUACUUCAUAGACAACGGCCAGGUGAACUCGACUUGCUCGAUGCGACCUGGUGCGCUUUGCACGUUCGACUGCAACGCCGGAUUCCAGCCCGCCAUGGGUGCCCGCCACGUCAUGUGCCUGCGGGAGGGGACAUGGAACGCCACCAGCCGCAACCAACCCUUGUGUAUAGAAAUUGUUCGGUCGGAGCAGCUGAUUGCGGACGGAAGUAAGAAGGCGGCUAUCGGUGUAGGGGUAGGCGUGGGGAUCGCCGUCCUCAUAGUCAUCAUCAUCGUUGUUCUUUUUCUGCUGUACAGGCUGGGAAAGCUAAGUGUUCCAUUCCGGAAGAAAGAUGCGAGCAAUGGAAGUUCCUUCGAGAACCCGCGAUACCGGGAGAACAACGUCGACCUGCAGCCAGUCGGGACGCCGGAGGCCGGGAACGGGUUCGGCUACUCCAAUCUUGCCGAGGACAAGGCGGACCUGACGCAAGAGUCCUGGCGGCGGACGCAACAAGCGGCGCCCGGAAACACCUACGACAACAACGUUCCUAAACGCUAACAUCCGGUUGGGAUCCAACACGAUAGUAGCGCCUUCUAACACCUACUUCCGGUGGUCAUUACGAUAUGAGAAGCCCAUGUAAAUGACUUUGUGCUCCUGACACUUUAAAGACUUCGGUGUAAAAUUGUAUAGCACACGCUCAAACAGUGAUGGAAUGGCUGCCGUAUUUUUUAUAUUUAUGUACAAUACAUUGUGUACGAUAUGUUUUUGAUAUUUUUUAAUAUUUUAUACAAAUUUAUGUACGUUGUCAUGCAAACAUGUAUGUUCCAUGAAUGUGUUAUGUUACUUGAAUGUCUAAAACUUACAUUAAUGAAUUCCUACCCCAUGAUUAAACUUACAGAGCAAACCCUGUCACGUUUUCUCCACCAAGUAUAAUAAUAAAGCAGUUUAUGUUUUUAAAGCUUUGUUGAGACCCCAAUAAACUAUGGCGUUUGUUUAAAGAAAGGUGCAACUUCAUGCC